GGCCGCGGUCUCCCCAAUACAGACGCGAUUACACCGCCAGCCGCCACGCGAAUCAUUUCGCGGACUUCGCGGCUUUUGAACGUAUUCGCGACACUGCGUCCUGCGCACCGAAUCACUAAUUGUGAUCUGUGGACUGUGAUUAAUCACUGUGACUGUGAUAUUUCAAUCGAGCCACCGCGGACAGUGAUGUGAUCGUAGCUUCGAACUGACGAACUUUGAUUAUUACGGCACAUUCUAACACGUGAAAAAUGUCAAUGUCACGGCCGACGGGGAGGUGAUCGGGAAAUGUCAAUGAAAUGAAGACGUCGCUGGAAUGCGAGCGGUCGGACUCCGCCGAGACGGGCGGGAGAGGCCGCAUAUCGUUCAGUGUGGACUCUCUGCUGGGGAGCAAGAGCAGUGCGCCGAGGGACACGCCGGAGCUGCAGAGCAAUGACGCAGAGAGCGCGUUGGAGAGCGACGACAGCGACGUAGAUAUAGAGGAUGUAGAGUCGAAUGUUGGGGAUGAGCGGGAUGAAAGGGAGAGCACGAAUGAUGGGGAGGAGAUGGAGAGUCGCGGUGUGGUGGUGCCGCAGCCGCUGCUGCCGCGGCUCUACCAAGGGCCCUCACCGCACGCUUGGCCGUUCGGUGCCUUCCCCUGGAUGGCGCCCAACCCCAUGUUCAGAGCUGGAUCACCUAAUACAGGUGCUCCCAGCGGUCCACCAGUAGUUCGCUGUCAACUACGAAAGCACAAGCCCAACAGAAAACCUAGGACACCGUUCACAACACAGCAGUUGCUGGCGUUGGAGAAGAAGUUCAGAGACAAGCAGUACUUGAGUAUCGCUGAGAGGGCGGAGUUCUCGUCGUCUUUGAGGCUCACUGAAACACAGGUGAAAAUAUGGUUUCAAAAUCGGCGGGCAAAAGCGAAACGUUUACAAGAAGCCGAAAUAGAAAAGCUGCGUCUAUCAGCGAGGCCUCUGCUUCCACCCUCUUUUGCCUUAUUCGGAGGGGGAGGGGCACCCCCCCUUUUUGCCGCAAUGGCCGCGGCCACGAGACCGCAACUAAGCUUCUUGGGAGGUCCACCGUCGCACCAACACGCCAUAAAUAUGAAUAUCCUGAAUUCCCUCCAACCGCAUUGACAUUCGGAACACGCGGGAACGCGUGAACAACCGCCAUCUUGAUUUGUGGAAGACAUUUCGAAUUCGGAUACUUGUACGUGAUUUUAGUGACAGGAACGCAUUGAGUGUAAUAUAUCUGUAUAUGGUAGAUCUGCGAUUCUCUCGUCAUAGUUUUAGUACAAUAUGAGUCAGUAAAAUAUAAAUAGGAAUAAAGGUUUAGACACAUAGACAUAGGUACUGUUAUUAGGUACAUAUAACUGAAAUCCUAAUUGUCAUUGUUUGAUACCCUCAUAAAAUUUGUAAAUAAAGGCACAUACAUACUGUAUCAUUUAACUACUUUA